GGACACUACCGUAGCUGUUUGGUAUGCAGUCUUGUUUUUCUCUUCCCUGCCUGUGAGCAGACUUUAAAAACAGCUUUAAAAACAAGUCUAGCAGGUCAAUCCAAAGAGCUGAAUACGCUUCAGGAGGAACGCAGCAAGUACAUGAACACAGCUCUGUCCGAGUUUCAAGGGCUCUAGCACACGGAAGAACUAGCUUUGCUCCGUACGGAUCCUCUGCCCUCACGACAGCAAUGACAGAAGCCAGCAUCCUCUUCUUCCGCGCCUGCCUUGCGCUGCUUGCCAUGCCCAUCUACCUACUAUCAUUCCUGGGCAUAUGGGAGCCCUUUUGUAAGAAGAUAUUUUUUCCUUACUUCUUAGAGAAGCUCACUGUAAUUCACAACAGGAAAACAAAGAAGCAGAAGCAGGAGCUAUUUCGAAAUCUCCCCGACUUUGCCAGCCCCUCGGGAGAGCUGAAGCUGCUGGAGAUUGGAACUGGCUGUGGCGCUAACUUCCAGUUCUACCCACCAGGCUGCAAAGUCACAUGCACCGACAUAAACCCCAACUUCCAGCAAGGCCUUUCGAGAAGCAUGAGCCAGAACCAGCACAUCCACUACGAGCGCUUCCUCAUAGCAGCUGGAGAAGACCUGCAUCAGGUGCCCAGUGGUUCCGUGGAUGCCGUCGUCUGCACCUUAGUCCUCUGCUCAGUGCAGAGCGUGAGCAGCACCUUGAAGGAAGUAAUGCGAGUGCUCAGACCCGGAGGCGUUUUCUAUUUCUUAGAGCACGUGGCCGAUGAUCGUUCCAGCUGGAGGUAUUUUUGGCAGCAAGUCUGCUAUCCAACUUGGAAACUCGUGUUUGCUGGCUGCUGCCUAACGAGAGAGAUAUGGAAGAAUCUCGAACAGGCCAACUUCUCAGAACUGAAAUUACAACACAUCAGUGUACCGCUGCCCGGGACGCCUAUUAAGCCUCACAUCAUCGGAUAUGCUGUGAAGUAACACAGAUCCCACUGUAAAGCUUCUUCCCCUGGCCCCACAGAAACGCCUCAGCGUAAUCAAAGCGUACAAAACAGCAUAUGCUAAUCCUGACAUAUGAAUGUAGGUAACGUGGCUAAGGACUUUAAUUAAAUUUCUGAUUUAGACAUCAAA